CCUCAAUCCUCUUAAGAAGAUGGCGCCUCUGCCUCCUAGAGAAAUGUGUAACUUUCCUCAUGUUUUUUCUGGUACUUUCCCUGAUUUUCUUCUUCUUUCUAGCCUUAAUGUAGUGAAAAUAAUUCUGCUUCCCAUUUUGAGAUGGAUUCUAACUAUUCUUAAUGGCUCUGGGAGAUAGUGAUAAAGUAAUUCUAUCAAUUAGGAGCUAGAAUAGAGUUUUGCAUGACCUCCUAAGGGUAAACAUAUGGCGUACCAUUCCCAGCAUGGAGACCCCUGGGAAUUCUUCAAUUACACUCUGGGGAAAUGAAGGUAAAUUACCACAGUAAUUUCAAAAAUGCAAAGAAGUCUCUAACAUACCUUAGGCUUGUUUGCACAUUAUGUUGUGAUAGCCAUAAUUCUGCAUCUCCAGAGAAAUCCUACCUCUCCCUCCCAAUGUAGGAUGUUCUUCUUAGGACAGAUGGAGUUGUGUAGCAAUUUCUAGGGUUAUAUAACACACCGUUCCGUAGGUAGAAACAAAUCUGCAUGAUAUUUCAAUGCAGCAAGUUCAUGACCAGGGAUUGUAUCCAGAGUAGAUCCAUAACAUAUAAAAAUGCCCACUGAAUGAAAAAUACAGGUUCAUUGCACCUCCCAUGCCAGAGUUGGGGAGCCUUAGGCUGUGGGUGGGGUGUGAGCAAGUGUAGCACUCCAGGCUUCUAUAUCUGACCUAAGAGUUGGCCUUGCAAUUACAACUCUCUCACCACAAUAAGAAUCAUUUUCUACAAUAGCACUUACUGUGAUCAAGUGUCCCUGCCAUAGCCCCACAUCAUCUCUGGUUUUAGCCUCUGAGAUAUUGAAUUGCUUUUAUCUCUAGAUUCAGGUAGGUAGCCGUGUUGGUCUGACACAGUCGACCAAUUUUUUUAUAAAAAAUAAAAAAAUUAUCCAGUAGCGCCUUAAAGACCAACUAAGUUUGUUCUUGGCAUAAGCUUUCGUAUGCAUGCACACUUCUUCAGGUAUCUGAAGAAGUGUGCAUGCAUACGAAAGCUUAUGCCAAGAACAAACUUAGUUGGUCUCUAAGGUGCUACUAUCUCUGUGUGAACUUCAAGAGACUUCUACAAAGUCUGCUUGGCUUUCUGCAUCAAGUUCAGAUCCAAGGGCCUAAGACCAAAAACAGCUUUCUAUUUUACACAUCUGUGCACAGAUGGAAGAAGCUGGUGGAGGGGGGAUGUUUCCGCUUUUCAGACAAGGGAAACAGAAAAGGUUAAUCCAUCACUGCCACCCUUCCUUCUGCGUGUUGACAUUAGACCUCCUUGCAACUGCAGAGUAUGUCACAAGGAUGUAGCCUUCCCAUUCUCUUACUCUUUAAACAGAUUUAUGGGAACUCACAUAUAACUGACACAUUAUGCUGACUCAAAGAGCUUAUAUUCUAGCUCAUGCAAAGUCUCAGCUUUGGAAAAGUGCUGAUGAGGGAUAUUGAAAUGACUGAUCUCACCAGAGUCCUGGUUCAGGUGUACUUAUUUUAAUAGGUCUUAUUUAAUGUGAAGUACAGUACCUGGCCCACUUUUGGCCCAGACCAUUAAACGAUCCAAUUACAAAACAGCCCAACCUCUCCCCCAUUGAAAUACAAAUGUCUCCAAGUUUUUGCUUUUUUACAGGAGAAACAAAUUACAUUAAUUGUCUGUAAUAUGAACAAGGAAUGCUUCCAUUUUAAGAAUGGAAAAUAAGAAGGACAGCCUAGCACAAUGAGAACACUAGAUCUGAUCUUCCUGCUUGCAUACUCUUAUAAUGGUUGAUGGAGCUAUAGCUCACUGGAAGAGCACAUGGUCUCAAGUUCAAUCAUUUGGAAAGUGUUUUAUAUAAUGAGUUGGACUAUUGGUCUGUCUAGCUCAGAAUCACCUACAUUCAUAGAAUCAUAGAGUUGGAAGAGACCACAAGGGCCAUCGAGUCCAACCCCCUGCCAAGCAGGAAACACCAUCAGAGCACUCCUGACAUAUGGUUGUCAAGCCUCUGCUUAAAGACCUCCAAAGAAGGAGACUCCACCACACUCCUUGGCAGCAAAUUCCACUGUCAAACAGCUCUUACUGUCAGGAAGUUCUUCCUAAUGUUUAGGUGGAAUCUUCUUUCCUGUAGUUUGGAUCCAUUGCUCCGUGUCCGCUUCUCUGGAGCAGCAGAAAACAACCUUUCUCCCUCCUCUAUGUGACAUCCUUUUAUAUAUUUGAACAUGGCUAUCAUAUCACCCCUUAACCUCCUCUUCUCCAGGCUAAACAUGCCCAGCUCCUUAGCCGUUCCUCAUAAGGCAUCGUUUCCAGGCCUUUGACCAUUUUGGUUGCCCUCCUCUGGACACGUUCCAGUUUGUCAGUGUCCUUCUUGAACUGUGGUGCCCAGAACUGGACACAGUACUCCAGGUGAGGUCUGACCAGAGCAGAAUACAGUGGCACUAUUACUUCCCUUCAUCUAGAUGCUAUACUCCUAUUGAUGAGGCCCAGAAUUGCAUUGGCUUUUUUAGCUGCCGCGUCACACUGUUGGCUCAUGUCCAGUUUGUGGUCAACCAAGACUCCUAGAUCACAUGUACUGCUCUCAAGCCAGGUGUCACCUAUCUUGUAUUUGUGCCUGUCAUUUUUUUUGCCCAAGUGCAAUACAUUACAUUUCUCCCUGUUAAAAUUCAUCUUGUUUGUUUUGGCCCAGUUCUCUAAUCUGUCAAGGUCGUUUUGAAGUGUGAUCCUGUCCUCUGGGGUGUUAGCCACCCCUCCCAGUUUGGUGUCAUCUGCAAAUUUGAUCAGGAUGCCCUUGAGUCCAUCAUCCAAGUCGUUGAUAAAGAUGUUGAAUAAGACCGGGCCCAAGACAGAACCCUGUGGCACCCCACUAGUCACUCUUCUCCAGGAUGAAGAGGAACCAUUGAUGAGCACCCUUUGGGUUCGGUCAGUCAGCCAGUUACAAAUCCACUGAGUGGUAGCAUAGUCAAGACCGCAUUUUACCAGCUUCUUUACAAGAAUAUCAUGGGGCACCUUGUCAAAUGCCUUGCUGAAAUCAAGGUAGGCUACAUCCACUGCGUUCCCUUCAUCUACCAGGCUUGUAAUUCUGUCAAAAACGAGAUCAGGUUAGUCUGACAUGACUUAUUUUUCAGAAAUCCAUGCUGACUAUUGGUGAUCACAGCAUUCCUUUCUAGGUGCUCACAGACUGUUUGCUUAAUGAUCUGCUCCAGAAUCUUCCCUGGUAUUGAUGUCAGACUGACUGGGCGGUAAUUAUUUGGGUCCUCUCUUUUCCCCUUUUUGAAAAUAGGGACAACAUUUGCCCUCCUCCAGUCUGCCGGGACUUCACCUGUUCUCCAGGAAUUCUCAAAGAUGACUGCCAAUGGUUCUGAGAUCACAUCUGCCAGUUCUUUUAAUACUCUUGGAUGCAGUUCAUCUGGCCCUGGAGACUUGAAUACAUCUAAACUAGCCAAGUAUUCUUGUACUAUCUCCUUAGUUAUUCUGGGCUGUGUUUCCUCUGCUGAAUCAUUUGCUCCAAAUUCUUCAGGUCGGGCAUUGUUUUCUUUAUCGGAGAAGACUGAGGCAAAGAAGGCAUUGAGGAGUUCAGCCCUUUCUGUGUCCCCUGUUUGCAUUUCACCAUCUUCUCCUCUGAGUGACCCCACUGUUUCUUUGUUCUUCCUUUUGCUACUGAACAUACCCAUAAAAGCCUUUUUGUUGCUUUUAACCUCUCUAGCAAGCCUGAGUUCAUUCUGUGCUUUAGCUUUUCUGACUUUGUGUCUACACGUGCUGGCUAUUUGUUUGAAUUCCUCUUUGGUGGUUUCCCCCCCUUUUCCAUUUUUUGUACACAUCCUUUUUUAAUCUUAACUCAGUUAAAAGUUCUUUAGAUAGCCACCCUGGCUUCUUUAGGCACCUUCCAUGUUUCCAUCUCAUUGGUAUUGCCUGACGUUGUGCUUUUACUUUCUCCCUCUUAACAAACUCCCAGCCAUCAUGAACUCCCUAAUGUGUGACCACAUUGAGUGGUCACAACUUUUCAAGGUUUCAGGAAAUGCCGGGUAUUGAAUGUGAUACCUUCUGCAUGCAAAGCAGAUAUGAUAUGUCCUUUCCCACAGUGUUUCCAGUUAGUAUCUCCAGUUAAUGGAUCUCAAGAAGCAGAAGAGGGAUGAGGGACAUGGGACAAAACAGGAGGGACAUAGGACAUUACUUUCGGAUCUUGUAAGCAACCUCCUAUCUGCAGCUGCUCUUUCUAUUUCAGGAAAGUCUCCAUAGACACCAAUGGAGACUUCUCUUGAAAUGCAGACACAUUUUAGUGUGCAUUUGUGGCGUUCAUACGGAGCCCCCGGUCAUUUCAUGGACUAUUGACCCGUUCACCACUAAUCCGCUGCCACCAACCAUGUUCUCCCUGGUAAAACACUUAAUCUCAGUCGGGUUCUCAAGUUAACAAUGAAGAUUGUCGUUUAUUGCAAACACAAAUAAACUUUAAAUGCAUUCAAAACGCUGUUACCCUUUACCCUCUUAGUCUUAUUUUAUCCUGUCUCUAACUCUUCUACCUCCCCUCACACAAGAACCAACAGCACUGUCUGUCUAUCUAUUUCCAACUGUCUGCCAACUCCUUUUUCCCAACUGUCUAAACCUCUGGCUAAGCCUUUUAAAAACAGGUAGGCUCCGCCUCUGGGCUUUUCUAUUGGUCUACCUAUUAACCCUUUCUCUCCCCCUGUGCAGACAUUUCCAAAAGAACGGGCAAACGCCACAGCAUCUCUCCUAACAUGCACAUUUUUUGCAAGCAAUUUCCCCUAGUAUUGUGCAUUUGUGUAUGUUACUUACACAUGCAUUUUUAAAUACGUUGCCCGUAACAUAUGCAUUUUUUUUACACGUUAUUUGGUUGGAAAACUGCAUUGUAAAAUAUAGACAAGUGUGAAUUUCAAAUAAUUCUGACAGCAUUUUAACUGCAUUUUCAGUCCUCUGUCGUUUCAGGAAGUGCAGAUUUGUUAGAUUCACAUUCAGAUUAUUCACAUUCAUAUUUUGAUUAUGUAUUUUGUGGUUUUAGAUCACGAUUCUAUCUUGAGAACUGCCCUGAGACCUGUGGGUAUAGGCCAGUAUACAAAUUUAAUAAAUAAUAAAAUAAAAGGUGUGAGCCAAGCCAAAUUUCUUAUAAUUGGUGACAAAAGUACGAUUCAGAAUCUUGCAUGCAACAGGACUCUGGAUUGCUUUAGGUGUUAAUUCUACUUGUUGGAAUGAGCAGACAUGACUACUUUACACCCAUUAAUUUCAUUGGGUCUAAUCUGUGUAGACCACAGUUCACCAUAACUCUCAAAGUACUAUGAAGCAUUGUGAUGUGACAGACCAUGUUAACCUUUGUGGAAGGGCUGUGGAAGAAAAACCUAAAUACUUAGAAAGCCUGCAGAAGUUUAUUUACAUAAAUGAGAAUCUCCUGGGCAGGGAAGGGGUAGCAGCAUUGCUUAGUAUUAUGGGAGGAAUAUCUUACAGUCUUGUGCAAUAUUUUAACUGCUCCACAGAAGCCUGUGAGCAGAGCUUUCCAAAAGAAAGUUGCAAAUACUUCAGCAGCGCAUAUCACCAAAACCCCUGAUUAGGUUUCCGAUUUUACAAGAGGCACAAGCUUGAAGGUGAAUCUGCUUCCUCAUUUGCAGCAGGAUUAGAAAAGGCUUUCCUAACACUGUGACUUCAAGGAAGGGGCUUAAUGAUGCAUUAAGAGACAAAUUUGUAUGUGAAUUGCACAGUGAGCAUUUAUAAAUGAGACUUUUAACUGAGGAAAACCUGGCUUUCAGACACACAGUAGAAACUGGAGAUGCUGUGGAACAUGACAAGGUGCCUUAUACUGAGUCAGACCAUUGGUCCAUGUAGCUCAGUGCUGUCUGCUCUGACUGGCAGCAGCCUGUAGCCUGAUAACCCCCAAUAUAUGUAAUGUGUGGACUACUUAAAGUCAAUGGUACAGGGUUACAAUUUUCAAGAGAUUUGGCACCUUUGUUACAACCAUGCAGCCCAAGAUACCCUGUUUUCUAAAGAAUAUUGCAAUGUUGCUGAGGGAUUGUAUGGUUUUUCUGCUUUCUCUCCUAUUGUAUAUUAUAUAUGGGAGUUCAGGAUCCAUAUAUAUAUAUAUAUAUGAAAUGGAAAGUGGAGUGGCAGAUGGGCCUGGUGUAAGGAACUACCUGGAAAGAGAAAAUGUGAAGAGAAAUCUUUGCUUUACAUGAAGGUUAGAUAUCUAAAUAAUGGAAUCUUCCAGCACUCCAGAGCUAAACUCUUGUGUUCUCUCUCUCUCUCUCUCUCUCUCUCUCUCUCUCUCUCAUGAAAGUUUUAUUUUUAUGCUUGCACAUAUUGUUCCAUUAAGCAUUGCUUGUACCUCCUGAAAACGAUAUGAAUUAAAUUACAUCUUUAAGACUAUAUGGAACAUUUGGUUUUCCUUGAAAAUGCAAAUUAUGCUAUUACAAAAGCAUGUCAACAGGGACAAUAAUGACUCCAAGGUGUUUCAGGCUUACAAGGUAGAAACCGUGUCUUUCAGCCUACAGGCUGAAAUGUUAAUUCAUUAACUAUGCACAUAACCCUUUGUCCACAACCUGAUGGUAUUCCAGUUUUAUUAUACAAGAAUUAUUAUUGCUAACAUUGAAAUAUACUCUCCAUGCUUUUAGUGGCUUUGAUCAGCACAGUGCCCAAAUAUCCUCAGCUAUCUUCCUCGGCUUCUAGACUCCAUAUAGCAUCAUACUGAAACAAUGGAGCAUUGCAGCAGUUCAGGGCCUCUAGCUUAGUCUCAAAGCAUCUACUUUGAAUGCAGAGGUUCCCAGGUUCAGUCCCUGCAUCUCCAGGUAGGGCUAGGAAAGAUUGUUAUGUGAAACUCUGGAGAGAUGUUGCCAGUGAGUGUAAACGUCUGAAUCAGACCAGCAUCCCAUCUAGUCCAGCAUUCAGUUAUCACAGUGGCCAACCAGUUGCCAAUGGUCAAUUCAGAAUUGGGACAUGCAUGGCAAACAGCCACAUCUCACAGCACAGGGGUGCCAACUUGAAUAAAAUAUCGUUGGGGCCCAGGUAACCCCUGCCCACAUAAUUGAUCACAUGACACAGUGCACACACACCAUGUGAAUGGGAAUGCCCAUUAACUUUGUGGGGGCCCGCCCCCUGCAAAUAUUUUCUUGUGGAGGCUGAAGCCUCCGUGACCCCUAGGAGUUGGCUCCUAUGUCACAGUAGGUCAUAGGGACCACUUAAGAUUAAGCCAUAAGAAUGUAAAAAGAACCUGUUGAAUCAGGCCAAUGGCCCACCUAGUCCAGUAUCCUGAUUUCACAGCAGCCAGCCAGGUGCCUAUAGGAAGUCUACAAGCAGGAGCUGUUGUAGAUAUUAAUAUUGCACAGCUUGAAGUGACUGGAUGCACAAGAACUGACUCCUUUGGGGAUAAAUCAUUGUCCAGACCCACAAAAGUACUAUUCAAACUUUUACUGGCAGAACUCUUUAAAAUAAACCAGAAUACAGUACUGUAAAUGAUUCAUCCAAAAUGUCCAUACAAUGUCUUGUGCUGUCCAGCACAGGCUCAGCAUCUUACAAAAUAUGGGAGAGCUUCAUUUUACGUCUUCACUCCAUUAUAUUGGGAGAAAAGACUCAAAAGCAAUUCCCUUCCAAAUGGAGAUUUUGCAACCUAAUACCUCCCACAUGAUCUAAAGUUGCAACACUGACAUGUUAGCUACCAGAGAAACAACCAUCAGUUAGUUAAUCAUUAACUGAACAAGAGCUGAACAAGAGCUCUCCUUGGCUUUAAUAUAGCCCCCUGGAAAAACCCCAUGUCAAACUUUCUGCAAUAUGUCUUUAGCCAUUUUUCAUUUUUGUGUCAAACCAUUAUACUUAACGGGACCUGAGCACUGAUCAUUUCCAUGACCAGCUGUUCUAUAGCAACAUUCAUCUCAGGUAUCUAGAAAUUGUAGAUCUGUGUGCAUGCAUGUACCCAGUCUAGAUAAUCAAGGUAAAGGGACACCUGACCGUUAGGUCCAGUCGUGGACGACUCUGGGGUUGCGGCGCUCAUCUUGCUUUACUGGCCGAGGGAUCCAGCGUACAGCUUCUGGGUCAUGUGGCCAGCAUGACUAAGCUGCUUCUGGUGAACCAGAGCAGUGCAUGGAAAAACCAUUUACCUUCCUGCCGGAGCGCUGCCUAUUUAUCUACUUGCACUUUGUGCUUUCGAACUGCUAGGUUGGCAGGAGCUGGGACCGAGCAAUGGGAGCUCACCCUGUCACGGGGAUUCAAACUGCUGCAAGCCCAAGGCUCAGUGGUUUAGACCACAGCGCCACCCACAUCCCUAUAGUCUAGAUAAUACUGAGCUAGAUAAACCAAUGGCCUGAUGUGUAAUAAGACAACUUCCUACCCUUGUCGAUAAUCUAAGGCAAACCUUUUUAUUAUGACUCCCAGUUUGAUUAUGGCAUAAGCUUUUAUGGACUACAGCCCACUUCAUCAGAUGCAAGAUGAAACAAACACAGCCAUGCCUCUGGAAAUGGUGACAACCCCUACAUGCAAACAUUUCCCAGGUGCUUUUUUCAGCUGCAACACUUACCCUGCUGGUAUCAACCUCUUUUAAAAUUUACCAUCCAAUUUAUAUGUACAGUGAGAAAUCCCAGAGCAAUGUUUUGUGCUGGAGCAAAGAAGCUUUAUUAUUUUUGUACAGAAUCUUGGAGAGGGGAAGGGUUCGGCCUUAGGUAGAAAUUCUGAAGUCUAGUCAAUCAGUGUAUAGAUAUGUGCCCUCAGGACUACCGAAACCUCAGCUCUGUAAUGAAAAGCCGUCUCUCAGCCAAGUUGUAAAAGGCAUUGCCUUGUUGGGAAGUAGGCAAGCCUCAGAUGACCCAAAACACAUGAUAUGGUAAUCUUGAAAAGCAGGUGCCUGUCUCAGAAAUCCUUUAUUUUUCAAGCCUACCCACUGUGCAAUAAGAUACUCUGCAUUAUGCCUCUGGGUACCAGCUGCUGGGAGUCACAGGUAAACAGAGGGCUCUUGUGAUCAUAUCCAGCUUACAGACUUCCUACAGGUUGGCCACUGUGAGAAUGGGAUACUGGACUAGAUGGGCAACUGGUCUGAUCCAAGAGGCUCAUCUUACGUUCUUAGCCUUUCAAGAGGAAGAGGAUGGAUGCCUCUGAAGUCAGCAGUAUUGCCAAUAUUAAUAUUGCACAGUUUGAAGCAUAAAAGCUGAGUCAUUUUGGAAUAAAAACAUUACCCAGGCUGAUUAGAUAUUAUUCAAACUUUUACUGGCAGAACUUUGUUUCUUCAAAACAAAACUGAAACAUCAAAGAUACAUCCAAAAUGUCUAUAAAAUGUCUCGGGCUGUCUUGCACAGGCUCAGCAUCUUAGAAAUAAAAUAAACUUAUAAUCAGAGCUGACAAACAUAGCUCUCUCUGUGUGUCUUUCUGAGGGUCCAUUGCCUGCAUUUCAGCCUGCAUCUUGUCUUAGGCUGCUUAGCUGGAGAUCUUCAUUUAUAUCUUCACUCUCAAAGAGCUUGAGAACAAAGAAACUAGCCACCACCCUUCUAAGAUGGCAAAUUAGCAAUUCAAUACUUUUCACAUGAUCUAAGGUUAAACACUCACAUGUUAGCUGCUAGAGAACAACAUCAGAUAAUUAUUAACCAGUUAAAGCUCAGAGAGAGAGAGAGAGAGAGAGAGAGAGGGAGAGAGAGAGAGAGAUUCUUGCUGUUCUUUAGCUUCAAUGGAAUCUUCCAGUUAAACCCUUUCACCAAUUCACACAGGCAUUCCCAUCUCAGAAGCAAUUAAACCAAUUAUGCUUAACAAGCAGCUUGGACCUCUCAACAAUAGAGCCUGAGCUAUCUUCUCCAAUUACCUGCAAAUUCUCUCCCAAUCAUCCCUUCUCCUGAGAUAGCAGCAGAUUCAGAAAGGCAUCAUAAUGGAAGGUUUGGCCCUUUAAGAACCUUCCAGCAUGCAGCUGAGGUGCAAAUUCUAGAUAAUCAUCAGGGCUGUCCUUGUAAUGAGCAAGUAUAAUGAGCAUCACUUCAGACCUCUGUCAAGAGCAACCUGCCCCUUCCCUGGCAGCCUGCUGGAAGGGAGACAGAGAGAGUUGGGGCUACAGUGGCAGGGAGGGAACUUAAUAUAACAAAAAAAAUUCUCUGCUCACUGAGAGGGAGGUCUGUUUUAUCUUAUGACCACUGAAAUACUCUCCUAGGGACCAUAAGACCGCAAAGUAAAUGUAUUUUCUAUCCAAGUACACUAUUCUAAAUGUAUAUUCACUUAAAAUAUGCAUUUUACAUGCAUGUUUAUCCUUCUUCUUAGCUGACAAUUGAACCAGAACAUCUGGAAAGUUCGAAAACAGAAGAUAGCCAAGUUCUGAAUUCCAAACCAUACAUUUGUCUGGGAGAUGACACUCAGGUCAGUUUGACUCAGAAUUUGCAGUGAUCCAAUCCCUUGAGCAUUCUUUAUGCAGCGCCCAAAAUUAUACCUGGUUGUUCUGCAGUUGAUCUUUUGGAACAGGCCAUCAAUGAAGUAAACCAUCUUCAACUGUUAUGCAUGCAUUUUAUUCAUAUCCCAUCCUGUCCCUUUCAUUUCCCUUAACUUUCAUUUUCUGAUUAAAACAUUCUUUAUGUUUUAACAUUCACAUUAUGGCUGCAGCAUAUUUUAUCAUUCUGCCAUGGAGUUGUUUAAAAGAUUUUGCAUCUCAGAACACGUUUGGAACUAUAGCAAUGGGCUUCAACAACUUGAGAGAUUUGUCUCUAAUCCCACAUAGGAUUUUUCACUUAUUAACACUUUAUUUACGCUUUUUCUUCAAUCCAAAUUAUGACUCACCGGGGGGGAGGGGGUAGAUGUUCUUGCUUUAAGCAAAAACAAAGCAUAUACCGGUAAUCUUACCUGAUGUGACACUUCUGCAUUUGUUUACUAGUGUUUGCUUUGACUCCUGUAGAGGAGAUUAAGUCAAGUAUCGACCACACACGGUUUUAAUGUCUAUUCCUAUAAUGUGCACCUUAAUUAUAACCAUUAUGAAUUUGGAUAAGAUCAAAUCAGUUUUGCCCAAAGAUUCUGGGCAGGAGAUAAACCAUUUUCUACAAGGAAUAGGAAAGUUAAGCCGACAACAGAGAAUAAUGGGGAGUGAACGCAUACAUAAUUCACGGUGAAUUUUCAAAAAAGCCUUUUACAAAGCUCUUCAUAAAAUAUUUUUAAGGGGAAGAAACAGUUGUGGGCACGAGGCACAUUACUAUCCAAGAUUAGUCACAGAUCUCUAUUUAUGAAUUUACUUAUUGAAGUUAGGAAUGGGAGAGGCUUUCAUUCACUUUGCAUUUGUGAACAGACUCGCCUUAUUCGCCUCACCUGGAUAUGAGUGCACAGAUCAGAAAACAGAUAUGUGGAAUGGCCCUCAUAGCUAUGAACUUUGGGGAGGGGCAUCACUCAAUUGUUUUGCCUGCAGUAGCUCCCAGGUUCAAUUCCCAGCAACUCCAGGCAGGACUGGGAGAGAACCCUGGAGAGCUGCUGUUAGCCAGUGUAGAGUAGACAAUACUGAUAGGGAUGCGAGUGGUGCUGUGGUCUAAACCACUGAAACACUUGGGCUUGCUGAUCGGAAGGUCAGCAGUUCGAAUCCCUGUGACGGGGUGAGCUCCCGUUGCUCUGUCCCAGCUCCUGCCAACCUAGCAGUUCGAAAGCACGCCAGUGCAAGUAGAUAAAUAGGUACCACUGUGGUGUGAAGGUAAAUGGUGUUUCCAGGCACUGUGUUCUGUUGCAUCAGAAGCGGUUUAGUCAUGCUGGCCACAUGACCUGGAAAACUGUCUGUGGACAAACGCUGGCUCCCUUGGCCUAAAAGCAAGAUAAGCGCCACAACCCCAUAAUCGCCUUUGAUUGGACUUAACUGUCCAGGGGUCCUUUAAAUUAUCUUUCUUUUUUUUUAAUGAUCUGACAUCCCACAAUACUAAAUCUUUCUGCACACAAUCCAACAACUAAGAGUGAUUGUGAAGCGACCCAAGAACUGCUUGUUUCUUGGGGGAUGGGGGGGGGGGACAAGCUGCUCUAAAUGCACCAUAUGAGAAAAAUAGAUAUAUAUUAAAAUGUUCCAAGAACUGGCCAUUUUGUACAAUCCCUUCCUAGGGAAUUGUAUGAGGGGAAAUAGCUGGUCCCUUGAACUUACGUGUGUGGUGGCGAGGUGAGUAAUCUAUCUUUUUCUCUGUAUAAUUCCCCAGGAAGGGUUUGCUUGUUAUGAUGUAUGGCCAGCUCCUGGAGCAUUUAUGCAUUUUACCUGUGUGGGCAUUGUGUGAAAUUUAGAAUGGUGUCACACACACUCCUGCCACCAUAGCCAAGACCAUAGCUGAGGUCUAUCCUGCAAACAGGAUGUUGGACUAGAUAGACCUUUGGACUGAUCAACUGCUUUAUUCUUCUGUUCCUCUGGUUCCCACCCAGGUGACCAUUCAGAGAUGCAGAGAAUAAAGUACCCAUGACAAAGUGAGAAGGAACGCCAUGAUAGGCACAAAUAACGCAACACUUUCCAACGCACCUUUCUAUGUGCACAAGGCGACGCAGAAGACAUGGUGUUCAGCUAGCGAAAGUGUACAUUUACAUGGUUAAUAAUGAGC